GAUAAUUGAUUUUGCUUCUUUCCAGAACUUCAAAGUUCAAAUAUUGUCUCUUUUGCCCCCAUUCUUCAUGUCUGCAAUUUCAUGUGUCUUCGUGGGACUUCCUGCCGAUGAUUAAUACAACUUCAAUCUUCCACUAUUACUAUCCUUUCUGGACCAGUAUUCUUCACUCUUGUCAUAUGGGUGUUGGGCUUUCCUCUUCUUUUAUCAGAAAGUUGUGAUUUUUGAAGUGUUUGAAGAUGAUAGCUUGGUAGGCACCGAUGUCAUUUGCGUGCUGCCUGCCAAUUGUUGAAUGUGUAUACUGUUUAGCCUGUGCCCGUUGGGCGUGGAAGAAGUUUCUUUACACUGCUGGAAGGGAAAGUGAGAACUGGGGCCUUGCAACCGCUAGUGAAUUUGAGCCUGUGCCUCGCCUUUGUCGCUAUAUUCUGUCUGUUUAUGAGGAUGAUCUUAGAAACCCUCUCUGGGCUCCUCCUGGAGGGUAUGGUGUUGAUCUGGAUUGGAUAGUUCUCAGGAGAAGUUAUGAGGAUACUCAGGGAAAAGUGGCGCCUUAUAUGAUAUACCUCGAUCAUGGCAGUGAGGAAAUAGUUGUGGCUAUUAGGGGUCUUAACUUGGCUAAGGAGAGUGAUUAUCUUGUCCUGCUCGAUGACAAGCUCGGGCAGGCUGAGUUUGAUGGGGGGUUUGUUCAUAAUGGGCUCUUGAAGUCGGCUCAAUGGGUUGAGGAAACGGAUUCGAAGGUUUUGGGGGAGCUAAUUGGGAGAUAUCCAAACUACACCUUGACGUUUGCUGGGCAUUCUUUAGGGGCAGGCGUGGUGACGUUGUUGGCAAUGUUGGCUGUGAAGAACCGGGCGCAAUUUGGCAAUGUCGAGAGAAGACGGAUUAGAUGCUUCGCGAUUGCUCCUGCAAGGUGUGUAUCGCUAAAUUUGGCAGUCAGAUAUGCGGAUAUCAUCAAUUCUGUUGUCUUGCAGGAUGAUUUCUUACCUCGGACUACUGUAGGACAGGAAAAUGCCUUCAAGUCACUUUUCUGUUUCCCAUGUGUGCUCUGCAUAAUGUGCCUGAAAGACACAUGCACUAUGGAGGAGAAGAAGCUUAAAGAUCCAAGGCGCCUCUAUGCACCGGGUCGUCUUUAUCACAUCAUUGCCAGGAAACCCUUCAGCUCGACAAAGAUAUCACCUGUUGUCAGGACGGCUAUACCUGUUGAUGGGCGGUUUGAACACAUCGUUCUCUCUUGCAACAUGACGUCUGAUCAUGCAAUUAUUUGCAUAUUGACCGAAGCUCAAAGGGCACUUGAUACAAUGUUGGAGAGAGAUCACGCUUUGGACAUUCCCACGCAGCAGAGAAUGGAGCGGGAGGCAUCUCUUGCCAAAGAGCACAGGGAGGAACACAGGGCGGCAUUGCAGCGGGCAGUAGCACUGGAUGUUCCCCAAGCAUACUCGCCUUCUUCUUAUGGUACUUUUCAUGAACUCGAGGAAGGAGAGGAUUCUGGCAAAUCUUGACAGAAAGCUGCUCUUUUUUCAUAACGAUAAACUGAACUAGGAGAUGUAUAGUGUUCAUUCAAUUAUUUAUUUUCUCAUUUUUUGGGUUGCCAGAUAGUAAAAAACUUUAGUGGGUAGUUAGCUAGAUAGAGAUGGUCAGUGAAAUGGACAUUAAGUUACCUUUAUUACAACUGUGUCUCCAUUCCCAGAGGAUCUAGGUAGGUAGAAAUGGGAAACAAGACAAGGAAAAAAAACAAUUUAGAAACAAGUGUUUUUAGGAAAUGAAUUGUUAAUUUUCACAUUAAAUUCCUUAAACAUGUUUCAAUUAAACCUUUGAGAUGUAUUUUCAA